GCACAGGGCCAUGGCCCUCACUUAUUUCAGCAUCAUUUGAGCUGGUUUCCGGUGUCUGCUGUAUGGUGUCUGCUUUCAGUCUCCAUCCAAAACAGGAGUCAUUCGUCUCUGGCUGGGAGAAGUGUCAUGCAAUUCCUUGAUUGCAUCAUGCCUGCCGGUAGGUGUUGAAGGCUCAAGGGCCUGUGGUAGCAGCGCCUGGGUGGGGCUGCAUUUGUUGGCAAGGUUUUUGGUGUGGAUCUGAGAAGUCGGAGGUGGAAUUUGGAUCCCAGAGGCCAAUGUUUUGCUGCCCUGGACUUAAUCAGUGAGUGUAUAAGUUAGUGUCAUUGCCGGGAAAUUGAAGUUGACUUGAGAAUAAUCUUCAGGGGAUACCGUAACGAAGAGCGCGUAGGAUUUGGCCAUUAUCAUAGCAGGAGUUGUGGAGACUGUAGAGCUGAACGAGCAUGCGAUAAUUUGGAGUCUUAGGUUGCGGCGUCGAACAGUGAGGGUGGUGUUCAUUCCGACAAUCAACUGUGCGAAGAGAUGUUUGGCCGAGCAGCAGCUAACACAAGGAUGAGGGGCCGCAAUGAUGGCGGUGCCCAGAAGCGCCGUGUGUUGGUCACGGUGUGCACUUUGUUGCUCAUGUUUUCACUUAUCUCUUUAUACCACGGGUCUUUCUUCAGCAAUCGCAGAAACAAGCUCGCUGUUCCAGACAGCUUUGAUCCCACUGCUUCAAGUUGGUCCGCUAAUCUCGCAGCUGACCCUAAGGAGGGUGCGGCUGAUAAAGAUAGGCUGUCGGAGAAGAUUGAUACCAAUGGUGAUGGAUCUGAAUCUUUUGAGGUUGAGCAAUCAGAGGAUGAAACCGCAUCCGACGGUGAUACGUCGAAAGUGUUACCCGUGUGCGACGCUCAGUAUACUGAGAUCAUUCCUUGUUUGGACCUCAAAAUGAAUAAGAAAUUAAAGUUGAAGCUCAACCACUCUGUCAUGGAGCAUUACGAGAGACACUGCCCUCCUCAAGAGCACCGACUCCAAUGCUUGAUUCCUCCUCCUCCCAAUUACAAGGUGCCCAUCAGAUGGCCUAAAAGCAGAGACGAGGUCUGGCAGUCCAACGUGCCCCAUACAUUUUUAGCAACUGAAAAGUCCGACCAGCAUUGGAUGGUUGUGAAUGGUCAGAAAGUGAAUUUCCCAGGUGGUGGCACGCAUUUUCCCAACGGCGCGGACAAAUACAUUUCGUCUGUUGCCAAGAUGUUGAAGAACGAGGAAGGUAACCUCAGCAUGGAUGGAAGCAUCAGGACUGUGCUUGAUGUAGGCUGCGGAGUCGCAAGCUUUGGUGCUUAUUUGUUGCCCUUGGAGAUUAUUGCUAUGUCGUUGGCGCCUAAUGAUGUGCACCAGAACCAAAUCCAGUUUGCCCUCGAAAGGGGUAUUCCUGCUACUCUUGGUGUUCUAGGGACAAAGCGUCUACCAUAUCCUAGUAAAUCGUUUGAUCUGGCUCACUGUUCUCGUUGUCGAAUCGAGUGGCACCAGCGGGAUGGAAUUCUUCUUUUGGAAGUGGACAGACUCUUGAGACCUGGUGGAUACUUUGUCUGGUCUGCUCCUCCAGCUUAUCGUGAGGAUCCCGAAAGCCGUCAAAUCUGGAAGGAGAUGUCUGAGCUUGUGCAGAACAUGUGUUGGACGGUAGCUGCCCACCAAGAUCAAACUGUCAUCUGGCAAAAACCGCUUACCAAUGAGUGUUAUGAGAAAAGACCUGAGGAUACAUUACCUCCACUGUGCAAGACAAGUGAUCCGGAUAGUGCCUGGGAGGUGCCCAUGGAGGCUUGCAUUACUCCUCUUACAGAUGAAGCUCACAAUAUUGAGCCAUGGCCCAAAAGAAUGGUUGCCCCUUCGCCCCGACUGAAAGGACUGAGAAUUGACGAGAAGACGUAUCUAACCGACACUAAUACAUGGAAGAGAAGAGUCGAUUUCUAUUGGAGCUCCCUGAAGGAUGCUCUCCAAGUAGAGCAGAACAGUGUACGGAACAUCAUGGACAUGAAAGCAAAUUAUGGAGGUUUUGCAGCAGCUCUAAAGGAGAAAGACCUGCCUGUCUGGGUUAUGAAUGUCGUGCCAUCGUCCGGUGCUAAUUCAUUGGGCCUUGUCUAUGAUCGGGGUUUCAUUGGAUCCCUCCACAACUGGUGUGAAGCUUUUUCGACAUACCCGCGCACAUACGAUCUGCUGCAUGCAUGGACUGUAUUCUCAGAUAUUGAGGAUAAAAACUGCAGAAUUAAAGAUCUUUUGUUGGAGAUGGACCGGAUUUUGCGUCCCAUGGGCAUUGUUAUUAUUCGAGAUAGGUCAGAUACAGUUGACCGAGUAAGCAAGUACCUCACAGCUUUGCGCUGGUCUAACUGGCAUCAUGUGGUCGACGCUGAAGAGGACGACCUAUCACUUGGUGAGGAGAAGAUCCUAUUCGCAAGGAAGGAACUGUGGCAACCUGAAGACGUUUUGUGAUGUUCUGGGCCUUGAUUGCAUUGCUUCAGUCCACGAACGUUUUUGAAGAUGAGCAUGUGCAAUGUAUUUUUAGGGUUCUAGAUGAUAUUUGGGAUGCGGCCCUGAGCCUGGUAAAAUUAACACAGAUUGAUGGUGGUGCUCACACUGUAAGAACAUGACGCCAGCAACGUGCUUGUAGGGACCUGGUCUUUGGGCUGCAGACAUUUUUGUUGCUUACAUCUGCUUAGCCUGGUGUUUGCUGGCCUUGACAACCAGAAAAUCUUAGAAAGACUACACACGUCGAAUGACUAACUGUUAGGUAAUGAUGAUGAUGAGAAGAGAUGGCAUCCCUUUUUUUACUGGUUACUCUAUUGCUCUAUGUUGAUUGAAGCUCAAGAAUGAAGAACCGUAGUUAAUACCCGAAAAAGGCAGGGUAGGUUUAUAAGACAUGCUUGCCUCGCAAGUUGUCACAAAGUAUGUAUACUUUUCAUGAUUGCUCAGCUCUUGUGAGCACUUGGUUGCCUUCUUGAGUUUUUACAGCUCAUUCUUCGUAGGUUCAGAUAGUUCAGAAAGAGACUGGAGUAAGUGCUUAACUUCAUUCUUACAGGAUGGCGAAUUGCUGGAAAGAUUCUAAGAU